AUGUUUACCCGAUUGGUAUUACUUUUAUUGCUAAAUUUAGUCAUCAUAUACGAGUUUGUCAAGUUGUCGCUAUUCAAAUCAAGCAAGUUUUUAGCCACGGCUUCCACAUCGCUUUUAAUUUUACUUUCAUUAUACUAUUUAUCAACUUCAGUCAACUUGGAAUCGGAUAAGAGUUGGGAUAAAUACGUUCCUUUCAACAUCCCACAACUAUUUCACAAAGCUAUGAAUUCAUCAUCACGAUUUGGACGAUCAGGAAUUAAUCGAUUCAAUAGGAAAAAGACUAAGGAACAGAAAUUUGCCAUUGUAAAUGGUGGAGAAGUUGGUGGGAUCAGUAAUGAUGGAAACACCUGUUUUAUGAAUUCGGUGAUACAGUCCUUGGCGUCAUCAAGACAAUUUAUGAAAUUUAUUGACUCGUAUCUCUAUUCAGAAAUUGAAAUAGAUACAAAGAGCAAUGGUGAGAAGAUUAUGAUGAAGUCGAAUCAACCAAAACUGGAAUUACCAUUUACCACUGCAUUGAAGAAGCUUUUGGAUAAUGUCAAUGGGAAAUAUGGGUCUAGAGGAAAGGAGUUUAGUACCAGGCCACUUUUGAAUAAGAUGCCCAAUGGUCCAAGGCAAAACUUCUUUAGUGGGUACAACCAAGAAGAUGCACAAGAGUUUUACCAAUUAAUAAUGAACCUAUUGGAGAAAGAAUUUAAAAAGAUCAGUCAGAGUCGAUUGCCUACACCAGAGCCAGAAGGUGAAGGAGAAACCAAGUUUCAAGAUGCUCGCAAUUUGAAGGAAAUUGUUUCGGGUUGUAACAGGUUAGGAAAAUUGGGUGUUGUUUACGUUCCCGCUGCACAAGUCGAUCCUAAUUUAGACGAUGCUGAGCAUAAGGUGAUGCCCUUGGAGUUGAUCACUCCUGUUGAUGGGGUCUCUUGCGAACGAAUUGGCUGUCUAACCUGUGGCGAGGUUGGUGGAAUACGGUACGCUGUCACCAGUGGGUUGAGUUUGAACUUGCCCCAAAACCAAUCGUAUUACUCCAGUUUCAACUUGUUGCAGCUAUUGAAUGAAUGGAUCACUCCUGAGAUAAUCGAUGAUGUGAAUUGUAAUCGAUGUGGGUUAUUGCAAACGCAAAAGUUUCUUUUAGCUACUGUUGAAGAGCUUGAAAGCAAGGAUGGAAAUACAAAGCUAAUUGAUCAAAUUAAAACAAGAUUGUCUGCUAUUGAGUCAGAGCUAGCUAAACCCCAAGUGAGUGAUGAAGCUUUUGAGAAAUUAACUGUGAAGAAGCAGAUCAAAAAGAGUAAGAAAUCGAAGCAAAUCUUUUUGGAUAGACCGCCUCCUUUGCUCAGUAUACAUAUCAAUCGAUCCCAGUUUGAUCCUAAAACAUAUAUGGUGGUGAAGAACCCAAACAACGUCACAUUUCCAGCGGUAUUGGACCUAUCACCAUAUAUUGUCGAACCAAAUCAAAUCAAUAUGGAUGCCAGGCUUCCAUUUAGGAAACAAGAUGAGGAGUUGAGAGGCUCUAAUGGCUCUCUUGAGGAUGGGCAGACUGCUUCUUCAAACCAGUCAAAUAAUGGUCUCAUGUCACCUAACGGAACGGCCAUCUCUUCAGCAGUGUCUGAUCCGAAAUUGUUGUACAACUUGAAAGCUGUGAUUGUCCACUUUGGUACGCACAACUACGGCCAUUACAUUUGCUACAGAAAGUUGAGAGGAACUUGGUGGAGGAUUAGUGAUGAGUCGAUCUAUGUGGUUACCGAGGAGGAAGUUUUGGGUGGACAAGGUACGUUCAUGUUGUUUUAUGAAUACAACGAUGGGUUUGUGGAGGUGUUGCAGGAUGUCUCUGAUGAUGAAGAGGAGAGAUCUAGUCCUGAGGCGAAGGAAAGUGAAGGUGAGAGUGAUGGUGAUGACAAAGAGGACGAAGAGGAGACGGAACAAACAAAAACGGAGUCAGUGCCCAACUCAGCGGCUGAUGAAACUUUGACUACGUCAACAACGUCGUUAUCUGAUGUGUCAAUGAAAAGUGAGAAGCAGAAACAAAUAGAUGAGUCUGAGGAAGAAGAGGAGGAGGAGGAGGAGCAGGAAGAGGAGCAGGAGCAGGAGCUAGUGGAACAGGGGGCUCAACCCCACCAAGAUUUUGACGUGGCUGAAGCGCAGGUCCAUUUAUAG